CCCGAGCUUCUUUCUGUGCGGGAGCCGGAACCACCCCCUUUGGAAAAGGUUGGGUGAGUUCGUGAUUCUUGCGAAGUGUUGCUGCUCCGCUAAGAGGUGUCAAGCUGCGCCGGUUGAAAUGCGGCCCCCUCCACAACUUUAACAGGCCCAGGGACCCUUCUGAGGCUGCGUGGGGGAAGCCAAAAUGCAGAACGUCCUGAAGAUUUCACAUUUUCUUGAAAACCUGGGGCCCUUUUCAGGAUUACAGUAAAAUCUACCUUGCCUGCUCACAGCUCCAGUGUUCAGAUUUGACCGACUUGGCUGUUAGUAUAUAGACAAGUGGGAGACCUGUGAGAUUCGUGGGGGUAUUACAUCUGAGUCCCCUCCCCAAUUGUAGUUCCAGGCCCUCACCACCUACUUCCGGCCCACUGUUGCAGUGGCCAAGUCCAAAGCAAAUCGAGGUGUCUGCUGCAGCAGCGGCUCAGUCCAGAGCAGAUUCCUGCAGUGGUGGUUGCCGCCAUUUCAGAAGUGCAGCAUGAAAGUGACCACAUUAUUCUCCUGUAGUUUAACAACAAUGUUCCUUUCUUCUAUUAAAGCAGAUCACUGCAAUGUAUACAAUUGGAGUAGCAAGUUAGAGCAUUUUGUACUUGAGGGCCAGCCUGUGACGAUCAACUGCUUGUCAGGCAAAAUGCUAAAUCUGGAGCUCAAGGAGGACAGCUUGACCUGGUACCGAGCUGGCAGUCAUGCUCCUGUGUUGGAAGACCCAGCUUUGAGAAUUCAGCAGCGGGCAAGCUCCAUUUGGUUCCUUCCUGCAAUUUUAGAAGAUUCAGGGUUUUAUGAAUGUACCAUAAGGAAUUCAACACACUGCAGCAAAAUGUAUUUUAAAUUAACAGUCUUUCAAAACAGCAGGGAUUCAUGUUUCAAUGGCAAGUUUGCCCUCACUCAGUAUGUGUUCACAACAUUAAAUGGAAAGAUUGUGUGUCCUGAUUUGAAUUAUUUUAGAGAAGAAAACCCGAUUUUAACUGUUCUCUGGUACAAGGAUUGCAAGUUAAUUGAGGAUAGAAGAUUUGAGCCUUUAGAUAACUAUCUUAUGAUUGCCAACAUAACCAUGGAAGAUCAAGGAAACUAUACAUGCCGAAUGCCAUACUAUUACAUGGGAAAACAAUAUAAUGUUUCAAGAGAUAUUACUCUGAACGUUACAGAAAGCCUGCCAAAGAAGCCUCCAGAAAUUUUUUUCCCAAGAAACCAUUCAAUUGAAGUAGAUCUUGUUUCAGAUGGGAAGACCUAUGAUGCCUUUGUCUUAUACACAGUUGGCAAUACGGUGGCUUGUAUGGACAGCCUAGAUAAUUUUGUUCUAAAGCUGCUACCUGAGGUUUUGGAGCAACAGUGUGGAUAUAAGCUUUUUAUAGUUGGAAGAGAUGACCUACCAGGACAAGCUACAGUCAGUGUAACUGAAGAUACUAUUAAACAAAGCAGAAGGCUUAUGAUCAUUUUGGAGCCAGAACUAUCAAGUUGCAGCAGGCUGGAAGAAACGUCAGAGCAGCAAAUAGCCGUGUACAAUGCACUUAUUCACUGUGGUAUUAAAGUGAUACUAAUUGAGAUGGAAAAGAUACGGGACUACACGAACAUGCCAGAGUCGAUUCAAUACAUUAAGCAGAAGCAUGGGGCAGUCCGGUGGAAAAAAGACUUUGCAGAAAAAUCUCAGUUGGCGAAUACACAAUUCUGGAAAAAUGUGAGAUAUCAGAUGCCGCCCAGAAGAACUGUGUCUCUUUCAGAAACCCACUUAUUGCCACAGUUUCACAGCAAUUCUGUAAUGACUAUCACAAGAUGAUGGCAACAAUUGAGUCAACUGGACAAGGUCCACAUCAGUCAUAUACCUAAAGUAAAGCAUCCCAGAUUAAAUCCUUCAAAAAAAAAAAUUAAACUCAUAUUGGAAUGCUGAAAUUCUGCAACAAAUUGUCAUGAGUGCAGUCCUAUUUGGCAUGGUUAGCUCAUACAGUACAUUUUCUGGGAUAAGAUUUAGACUGAGAAAUUGUGGCAUGCUCCAGGAUGACAGGACUGUAUGCUGGUACACAUUCUUACAUGUACAAAUCAUAAGGAGUUUGAAGUGUUAAACCAGAAGGAGGUAUUUCCUUGAACAGAACUUGACAAGCAGUUGUUUCACUGCAUCUAACUUGGUCUUCUUACUGAAUGGAGGAGCAGUGGUACAUAGGAGAAUUAUGAUCUACAGUGUAGUCAUCUUAUGUUUGAGAUCCAAGAAAGACCUGUGUACAUCAGGCCAACCUAGCCAUGGCCAACGGUCAUCUUUAGACUUGAUUAUUGCAAUUCACUUUAUGCAGGGCUACCCUUGGGGUUGCUCUGGAAGCUUCAGCUGGUAAAAGAACGCAGCAGCGAGGGUCCUUACCCCAUGGCAAGUGUAUAUUACACCAGUGCUGAAACAAGGUCACCUGAAAUAGCUAUUUAUCAUAUCUUUAUGUUUGUUAACAUCUUUAUUAUAUUCAUAUACUUGGUUUCUGUUUUUCUUUUAUAAUAAUGCAGGCAAUGGCACUUGAUUUAUAAGAGGAAAUGGGCAAACUCUUGUUCCAUUUUCUUGCUGAAAAUUCAACCACUCCAAAGUGCUUUUUACCCCUACCAGGGAAACUCUAUUAUUAUUUUAAUUUUGUUUAAUCACUCAGCUUUCAAUUCUUUAGCUGGUUGUUGACCUUUCAUUACA